AGUGUCGCCGUAAAACCUCUGCUUCUGCUCCAGCAAAACCCUAAUCAGCUUCUCCGUCUCCAAAAAAAAAAUUCAAAAGCAAGAAACAUCUCUCUGAGGGAUUUGAAAGACGAUGUAUCUUCAGUGCUAUAUCAACGAGAAGGGUGAGAAGGUUUACACCACUAAGAAGGAAUCACCGCUAGGGCUAGCUACUGAAUCUGCUCAUCCAGCCCGGUUCUCCCCUGACGAUAAAUACUCAAAGCAGAGAGUCGCGUUGAAGAAGCGAUUUGGUCUCCUACCGACCCAGAAUGCUCCUGUCAAGUACUGAUGAAGAGCAUGUUUGUGUUGGUUUUUUAUCGUUGCUUUUAAUUGCUGCUAUGGUUGUUGUCUCUUUAAUGAAAUGUUGACUUGAACCGUGUCUUUCUUUGUAAUGUCUUCAAAUACAUAGUGAGUUAAGAGAUCAGUUUCCUCCA